UUAACUUUCUUUGUCAUGUCUAUAGAUGGCCAUACCGAUUUAAUUUCUCUACUAUUAGGAGACAACGACGACAUCAAGGCCAAAAAGGCUCACGAUUACAUUGAAAUGUUGACAACAUUGUCCUUAUCAGAACUACAACAAGAAUCUGCUCAAUUGAAAGAAGAACAAGAAAAGGCAAAGCAGAAUGCGCAACGUCUUGUCUUUCGCAAUUACCCUUCAUUCCUAGACUCACAAGCGUGCACUAAACAGAUAUCAAGCUUGCUUGGUGAACUUGAUGACGAUUUAAACGGAUUUCAAAAAUGUGCAGAUGAACUAGAAGCAGCUUGCAACACGUUUAAGCAAGAUUCAAAAUCAAUCAAGGAAGAACAACAUAAAAUCAGCUGCGUUCUAGAUCAUGAAGAUGUCCUAACGGAACUACUAGAGAUUCCUCAGCUUAUGGAAACCUGUGUUUGGAACGGCUACUACUCAGAGGUUAUGGACUUGGCCUCUCAUGUUCGUCUGUUAUCAGUCAGAUACCCGCUUUCGGUUAUAUCGAGCAUUCAACAGCAAGUACAGGCAUGCUUUGACCUCAUGUUGGUACAGUUGAUCUCACACUUGCGAAAACCUAUUAGACUGGCAGCAGCAAUGAACGCCAUCGGUUUUCUUCGACGUAUGGACGUGUUUGAAUCAGAAAAUGAACUCAGAAUGGUAUUUUUACGUUGUAGGCAUGACCACUUGCAGCAAAGACUGUCACGGAUAAAGCGAGAGAUGCCUGAGGAUCCAAAGCAGAGAAGUAGAGACAGUUUAGAAUAUAUGAAACGAUUUAUUGAUGUGCUGCGAGAGCAGAUGUUUGAAAUUGGCACGCAGUAUAUCUGGAUCUUUCCGCAUGAGCAAGGGCCACUGCUAUCUGAUUAUAUGGUGCAUCUUAUUGGGUUCAUUCGGUCAACGUUAAAUGAAUAUCUACCAUUAAUAGAAGAUGAGGCCACUAAAAAUUCUUUAUUGACCCAACUUGAAUACUGUUCCAUAUCUCUUGGGCGCAUUGGACUAGACUUUAGGCAUUUAUUCAUUGAAUAACAAUAAUACACUGUCCCAAUAAUAAAUGAAAGCAAAAAAUUCGCUCAAAUUUCUUUGAAAAGUAUACCCAAAAUUUAGUUUUUUUUAUUUAAAUCAAUUCUAAUAAUAAAAAAUGCAUAUUGCUUAGAGAAGAAAAAU